UACAUAGAGAAUCGAAUAAAAUUGAUAAACACACUACCGUGAAUGACAGUUCAUGAAGUAUGCAGUUCUAUAAACAAAGAAAACUGUAUGACUUAUAAAGAAUCCAACUCUUUUAUAUCAGAGUGUACGAUGCUUUGUUAUCACUCAGCUGUUGAGGAAGAUAUUUCUCUCUCGUGUCUAUACUUACCAGUGACAGACUCGCGGUGAUCACGGCAGCACAGUGUUGAGAGAGGCCAGUACUAACACCAAGAUGCUGGCGUCUGAGUACACUAACGUGCUGGUGGCCGCCGUCAUGGUCACCUCCUUCCUGUACGAGUUCAGUCACCGGUUUCGUCUGUACCUGAAAUUCAUGUUAUACUACACAAUGGUGAUGGUGACCUCGGUUUUGUGUAUUCCCUUCAUCAUCUGGCGGCCGGGCGACGUGAGGAACACCCUAAUUGCAACAUUUCCUCUGCGAGCCUUAAACCUCCUCCUUGGUCUGGAGUGGGAGGUGCACGGCCAAGAACACAUUACAGUAGAUCGUCCUGCUAUUGUUGUUGCAAACCACCAGAGCUCCGUUGACUUCUUAGGAAUGGUGUACAUGUGGCCUAUGUUUUACAAGAUUACUGCCAUUGCCAAGAAGGAGCUGUUUUAUGCCAUGCCUUUUGGCUUGACGGCCUGGUUGUGUGGCACUAGGUUCAUUGACCGUAGAAACCCAGACAAGGCCAAGGCAUCCAUGAAUGCAGCAUUAGAAUAUGUGAAGGAAAAUAGUGUGAAACUCUGGGUUUUCCCAGAAGGAACACGGAGUAUGGGGGAUGAAAUGUUGCCAUUCAAGAAAGGUGCCUUUCAUUUGGCAAUUGAAGGACAAUUGCCAAUCCUGCCAAUUGUGUACUCUUCAUAUAGAGGGUUCCUUAAUCAUCCUUGCAAGAUAUUUAAUCCAGGUCACAUAAUUGUUACUUGCUUGCCACCAAUUUCUACAAAGGGCUUAACCAAAGAAGAUAUGCCAAGACUAAUGGAUGAUGUCAGAGCUCAAAUGAUGGAGGUUUAUAGAAAAACUUCUGCACAAGUGCACCAUCCUAGGCCUUUGUCAGAGGAGGUUAAGAAACAGAGGUAAGCCUGGGAGAAUUCAUUAGACUAAACCCUUAAUGUCCCCCUUUAUGUGUGUCUCCUCUCUGCCUCCCCAUAUUAAGUACACAUAACUGGCAGACCUCAGUGUGGUGGCUGUGCUUGAAAUAAAUCCUGUGAACAUUAUGUCAAAUUGGACUAAUAAGUUCAGUUCUUAUUUAUUACUUUUAUAAGGUGAAUGUUACCAUGGGUUUUUAGGAUGUUAGUAUUAUAAAUGAAGAUGUUCUUAAAAGAUGCUUAGACACUCUUGUAAUUGAUAUACUCAAGUAUAUCCCUGCAAAAACCCAGUUUCAUGUGACUCCAUGUAAGUGAGGUACCAUUGAAAACAUGAUGUAGCUUAUAAAUUGGUGUGCUUAAAGUGAUAGGCUGUAUAAAAGUAAUAUCUGUUUACUUUAGCAGUUAAGAUGUAAAAGAGCUGGCAGAUGGACCAAAGAUAGAGGGUUGGUGCCAUGCUUGGUUUCAAAAUAUAGUGUUUACCUUUCUGCUAUGUCAAAACAGCAGGAGCACUACAGAACCAAGAAAUUGAGCAGACACUGGGCAAGUGGUGUUGUGUCAUUACUUUCAUUAUUAUGAAAACAAAUACUUGUCACUUGCUUUGACCUGUGACGACCCUACUUCAUUUCUUUUCUUUUGUUUGUUUCUGUUAUAUAGAAAUACUCAAGAAUACUACUAUGCAGUCCUGAAUUUCCAUGGUGUUUACUAGUACAUAAGAAGUUGUAUGUACACUGUAUUUGUAGUGUGUGUGUGUGUGUGUGUGUGUGUGUGUGUGUGUUUGAUAUUUAUUGAUCAUUAUGUCUGUCUGUCUGUUCAUCUGUUUGACAAAAUAUCUACUUGUAUAUCUCUUUCUAUAUAUUAACUAUCAUAAGUUGUGUAUUUAUAACAAGUAUCAUCAUUUGUGUGUAUAUACAUUAUAGUGAAAACUUUGGUGAAUUGUGAAUUCAUGAUAAAAAAGUAUUUAACAAUAAGCAUUGCAUCACAUCAUGAAGUAACUGAAGCAUCAUUGACAGCACACUGGCACAUGUGUAAUGAUGUACUACCAGCCAUUCUCUCAUUUGAAUGGAAGGAGGUUGACAUUGUUCAUAAUGUUGAAUCGACUUUCAGAUUGCCUUGAUGCAGCCUGGGGACAGGGAAACCCAUCACAAUAGUCAAUCCUUAAAACAUUGCUGGUGAAAUGUUUUAAAGAUUGACUAUGUGCAUGAGUUUACCUGUGAGUAUUCUCACUGAAGUAUACUGAGCAUAUAUGUAGACAAGUUUCUUUUUCAGCUUUAUUUUCUAUAAAGCGUGCACUCAUUAAAUGUGGAUGCAAAUUCUAGACAAAACAAAAGAAGAAAAAAAAACUUAUGAAAUGUAUUGAAAACACAUUUUUAUGCAUUUUUUCUUUUCUUGAAUGUAUUAUUAUAGUGUACUUGGAAAUUAUUCAGAUGUGAAUACGUAGAAAGAGUUAGGCAAGUAAUGAGAGAACAGAUAAAAUGAACAAGCAUGGCUAGAGGCAAUAGAUGUUCAACAAAUGGUGGGAGGCAAGAUAUAAUGAAAGAGCUUUGUGGUAUGAAGGAGUAAGACAGGCAAAGAAUUCUUACAGUUGUGGAAUUCACUUUGAAAAUGCGCACAUGCUCAGGGUCAGGAACUAUGAAAGCUCAAUAGAAAAGUGAAAAUAGCCAUCAGGGUUUUUUUCAAUUGUUUAUAUCUUCAUAGGAAAUCUAAGGUCAGUUGUAUUUCAGUGCCAUUUAAAAGAUUCACUUAACAUUUAUUCCCUCACUUAUUUUAUAUAUUUAUUUUUUCUCCAGUGGUUCCCCACUGAUCCCCAGGUCUGAGUGUGAGGCAUGAAUAUUAAAUUAGUUGUUUCAAGUCUCAUUAGACAUUUUCAUAAUAUAUAUGAAUUGAUGCUUUGCUGUAUAACAAA